GAGACUGAGUGCUCGCUGAAGGCUGAGUGAGAGAGAGACUGAGUGCUCGCUGAAGGCUGAGUGAGAGAGAGACUGAGUGCUGGCUGAAGGCUGAGUGAGAGAGAGACUGAGUGCUGGCUGAAGGCUGAGUGAGAGAGAGACUGAGUGCUGGCUGAAGGCUGAGGGAGAGUGUCGUGUUCUGGCUGCCUAAAGACUGAGUGAGUCAGUGUGGCUAAAGUGAGAGUGUGGAUGAUCCAAGUGGCUGUGCUGGUGUCCCUGAGUGGGAGCUUGAGUGACAGGUGUCACUGAGUCUUCCUUGCAGACCCUGAGUGACAGUGUGAGAGAUCUCAGUAAAUUGUAGUAUGUGAGUGUCUAUCACAGAGUGAGGGUUGUAAGUGAGAGCCACUCAGUGUCUGUGAGUGCAAGGAAUACAUUAUGUCCCUGACAGAAAUCCCCUCUCCCCCUGCUGUACCCAAACCAUUGGGAAGGAGAGCAGUGGGAAGCCAAUAUCUGGUGUCACUUGGAAGGGACAUUUCAGAAGUACAGGGCAGUGAUCUUGCAUUGGAGAAAUUCAAGCAUUACUCACCACGUCUGCAGUGUGACUACAUCCCUGAUGAAAUUGUUCAAGUUCUGUCCUCUACUGCACUUCCUAUUGACAGAUCUGAUCAGGAUGGCGCCAAGAGACCUAAAGAUGCAAGGGUCUGCCUGCGUUCCACUGACCCGGUCUGGAGCCACCCAUCUCGCAGGACCAAGUUUAAGCACUUGAUAGACCAGCCCGUUUGUUCAACAGGAGCAGGCCGGGACAUUUCAUUCCUCUGUGAUGCUUUACAUAUAAAAAAGAACAGCAAAGAAAGCAAAUCUGUGCAGCCGACAGACCGAAAAGACACAUCCCCUCGACCUACAGGAGUGAGCAUGGAAGACAGUCUUAUCCCAGAGGAAUUCUAUAUUGUUAAGAACAAAGGUGUCCUAGGAUUGGAGUAUUAUGAAGACAAAUAUACAACCCUUUUAGAAGAUGACGAAAAAAGAUUGAGAGUGUUCCCAUCCAUGAAACCCAGUGGAAGGUUAGAGGUUCUUCAACUAAUGAAGGUGAUGGACAGCAUGCUGAAAGAAGCAGGAGUAGAUGAAGAAGACCUGAAGAUGGACGGACCGACUCAGAUACACAAUUUACUAGAAUUACUGAAGACCGAGCAAAAUAUAUACAACAUUGUGUUUCACGAGCUCAUCCGUCAAGUCAGUGUGGAGUGUGCGGAGAGAGGGCAGCUGCUUGCUAAGAUCAGGCAAAGAUAUGCCAUGUUGCUGAAUAAAAUUCCACAACAGGUGAUGAGUUUGCACGAAGACCUUUUAGCUCAGCGUGCACUAGACCGAUGCCUGACAGAUGAAAUUCUCCAUUUCAAGAACUCCAUUGGGGAACUUACCAAUGAGUUAUAUCAAGUAAGAGAACAUGAUCUGCGAGUGAGCAAAGAUGCAGAACAAGCUCAGACGGAACUGGCUAAAGCUCUAAAGGAAGCAAAGAAGAAUGCAAAUCUUUUAGCAGAGUAUCGAGAUCUGUAUGAGUUACAGAGAGGUCGUCUAGAGAAGCAUAUCGCUCAUCUGACUGAGGAGAGGGAUCUCUGGAGUUCUGCUACAUACAGACUGGCAAGGAAGGUAAUUGAAGAGAAUCAGCUAAUGCUGUGUCGCAGGAUGUACACAAGUGAGAAGAUGUGGACAAAGGUCAUCAGGCAUUUCAUUGUGCUUCUGGCAUCAAAUGACACAGAUGACCUGUCCAAAAUUCAAGAAACAACAGAGUCUUGGAGAGAAUAUAUGGCACGGUUUGAUCAGGAGAUCCAGCGCAAUGAAGAGUCAUGCAAGGAGAAACUGAGGAGCAUUCGUAGUGACCUGGAGAAGAGACUGAGCUAUUUCCAACAGAACAUUUUCGUGGACUUUCAAUACCAUGAAAUACCUGAAGAUAUGACUGUGACAAUAUUGCAGGACAUAAAGAGUUGGGAAAAGAUGUUGAAUGAAGAACUACAGCAGUUUGAAGGGAGUUUGCUACUGACCAAUCAGGAGUCGUUGAAGACAGCAGCAAAAAUUCAGAAGCAUUGGGUUGAUCUGGCGCACAAACUGCUCCAAAGACAUCGAACCAUUGAUGGAAAGGAGGCUCCCGAACAGAAAGCAAUGGAAGAAGUAAAUAACAGAGUGUCUGAACUGUGUGAACAGUACACAAGACGAGUUGAGGGAGAAAAUGGUGUUUCGAGAGCCUUGAUGUCAUUUUGUAGUAGUUUGGGAAAUUGGACCGUGCAUCUUUCUGCUCUUAAAGCAACGACACCUGAUGGGAUCAGAGCAUCAGAUUGGAUGAAUAUCUACCAGUUAAUUCCUGAGUGGAUUUCACUUGCAGAUAAUGCUUUAGAGCUGAUCGGCAGUUCUACGUCAGAUACAGAACCCUCGCUGAAUCCACCUGAAAAAAUAUUGCUGGAAGAUGUUUUCAGAAUGCUACAGCAAUGGGUUCUGGCCACAACUAAUGGAACCGAGAGGGAUGAUGUCCACCUAACGAAUGAGGCUACAACACUUCACAUAACAAUGGUGCAGUUUAUGGUCAAUACACUCAUGCUCCUGACUCCUGAUUACUCUGCGGAGUCAGCAUUUGUCACAGAGGCCGAGGAGGAAGAACUAACUCUGCAGAAAAUACAUGAAGAAGCACUUACAUUAACACAAAAAGUGGAUCAUUUCUCCAGCUACAUUAUCAGCUGUUGUCAGGACCUGACAGAUACUAUUUCUCUGAAAGAGAAAUCUCUAGUCAAUGAUGACCCUGAAUAUAACCUUCGGGAGAUCGACACUAUCAAGAAUUCAUGUAACGAGUGGAUUGAAACCUGCCGCCUGCUUGCUGCUCAUUUCACAGCAAAUCCUGGCCCGUCAGUGACAUUGCUCCCGCUAAAGGGCAUCAGUCCUCAGGAUGCAACAGUAAGACAUAACAAACUGGAAGAACAAACUGAUGAGAGAACUCUUCAAAGUGACAUCUUAAAGGAAGCUCUUCCUGAAGAUAAUGUUUUACCCACCCUUGAGAGUCAUAGGACACAAACCAGAAGGCAAACGUCAAAAACGAAUGUGUCCUCUGAGCAGGAAAUGAUGCAGAUCAUAGGCCAUGAUGGAAACAUUCAUAAGAAGUCCUUAAAAGGGGAGGAAUUUCCUAUUUCCCAUGAGAGUGUAUUUACAGUUAGCAGGCCGGGCACACCUCGAUCCAUGGAUGCCUUUGAUUCGCUCAUUUCACUGGACCAGUUGCAGAGGCGUCUCAUGUCAGCAGAGCUGAGAGCACAGAACGCUGAAGAAAAGUCAGAGUUUUUGGAUGAGCAAUUGAAAGAAGCUUUACAAAAGAUACAGGAGUUUGAGAAAAUACAUAAUGAAGCUGAAAGCAGGGAGAAAACAGAGAAUAUUGCAAGUCCUGUGCAAACUACAGAACAAACAAUCUCCAUAACCCAGGUUAAAAGAAGACCAAAAUCAAGCAAAGUGAAACAGAAAUAAAUAUAUUUUUUGUAAAUUAACGAUUAAUGUUUUUCCAGUGCAUUAUUUUUGUAGUGUGAAUAGCCUCUUGCGUACACCAACUAUUGUACAGACUGGAAAUGAGUUCUGACAUUUUAUGAAUAGAAUAAUCGUUCAGGACAGAAAGCCUGCAUCUGUCAUUUUAAAAUGUUUAUAUAUAAAAAUACACUCCAGGCUUCUUGGUGCAAUGUUCAGUUAACGCAAUCAAGUCAUGACAUUUUAAAAAAAAUCUACAUUUAUACCAGAUUUGUCUCCAUCAGCUGGAAAUUAUGCAAUUUAAGGAGAAAAUUGAGAGUAAAAUAACUCACUUUUUCGAUUGUAUUAUAGCAUAUGCUUCCCAGCAUUAUUGCUGUAUAUGUGUUUGUCAGAUGCCAUGCAAAAAUGUGUAUCAACCCAUCUCACUGAACUAAAGUGAGAAUUCCAAAUUUAGUGAAUUUAAGGCCAAAGACGUCAAACUGGAAGCAUAGCUGACUUAAAGGAACUUUCAAUUACAGCUACUUUUAUCUUUAAAUUUGAAGUUCACUUUGAAGUCGUUUUAUCAAGUCUGCUAAUAUGUUUAUUUCCAAUGUGAUUAAUCAUGUUCAUCAAACACUUGUGAACAAGGACAGGUGAGUUCAUAUCAAUUUAUAGUUACAAACAGGAAUCGAUAAAUAGUGUAUUAACCAGUAUGCAAAAAAAGUAAGACGAGGAAAAAACUUUAAAAAAUUGUAAAGCUGCUUGCACAGCAAAUGACAGUAACUGGAAGAAGAAUCAGGAGCCUCAUCUGCGAGGUCUCAUUUUUGUCCCAUAAAUGCCUGUCUAGCAGGACUUAAUGGGAAAA